GCACACCAGCCAGCGCCGCAGCCGAAGAGCAAACCCAAAAGGGCAGACCGAAAGGCAAGGCCAAGGGCAAGGCCAGCACCCAACUGGAGGCUUAUGGAGCUCGCCAACCAUCCAAGGACCCUCGCCAUGGGCGGGCUGGAGGCAGUGGCGGCCGCCAACAGGGCUGCGAGAGGGAAUGGAUGGCAGAAGAGGCCGGCAUGAUGGAGGGCGGGGGCGGCAUGAUGGAGGACUCGGGGGAUGAGCUAGAGGAGGAUCGCACCGUCGAUGACGAGGAAAGCAUAGAGGUACACACAACAGGAGAACACAAUCACACUCAUGGAAACAGUGGAUGGGCUUUUCUCUCAUAUAGGCCUGCUCACUUCAUGGUGUUCCGUUGGGCGAGAAGCUCAAUUUGAGUGCCCUUAUCUCUGACUUGGACCUCUCCAUGCUGCCGGCCGCAGGUGGUGUGGGCCAGGAGCGAGGUCUGCAGACCCGACUGGUGAUGAGCGAAUCAGCGGCCAUCGCAUUCGGCAAGAGUGGGGAGAUGCCCAAGGAGCCGACUGCCGACAGUGAAGUCGAGGAGGCCGACACCAAUGCCGCUGUUGAUAAGGGUAGGUGGGAGCAGCACGAGCACCAGAUACCAGCACACGCCACGUUUGCUCGUGCUGCUCGUUCCAGUUGUUGUUGGUGAUGCGCAGGCCGCCAUGAGGGGGAUGGCGGCCGUCGAGCGCUACGUGAGUGCCCACUGUUCGUUGCGGCUUCAGGACAGAAGCACAACAGAAGGGACACCUCAAGCGUGGCCCGUGACUGAGUUUGAGUGAGUGAGUGAGUCGUGCUGCCGUACCUCAUCUAGGCAGAUCUGUCGUUCAUGGCUCUGCAUCGUUGGUGCAUGACUCUGUCCAUCCACACAUCUACUUUUUCGGUGAGAUCGGCGCUAGUUUCCCUCACAGGAAGGCCACCAUCUGCCGCUGACAUCCUCAAAAGUGACUGAAAGGCUCCGAAAUCACGCUCACGAGCGAUCGGCAACCUUUUCCGUAAAUCCAUAUCAUCCAUCGUUUUUCGUCGUUUCGGAGUCGUUUGAGCGAAGAAAAAAGAGUCAAUGCGAUAGAGGGUGGCUCUGGUGAGUCAUUCAUGGCGAGAAACCCCGCAGAAAACAAGCAGCAGAUAAGCAAUCAUUGCCUUGUUCGCAUAUACCCAUCAAAUCCAUAAAGCAAUCACCCCUGUAUUGUAUUCGUCCUUCAGGCCCGCAGUGCAGUGAGGACCUGUUGAGCGGACGAGUCCGCUUGUCCACCGCUCAGCCGCCUCUCGCGAGAUCUAUUAGCGGCCUUAUCCAUCGCGCCACGUAGCGGCUUCUCGUCCGACGGUGAGUGGGAAGAUGCGGCCC